GGGCUGGUGCGUUGGUGGGCAUCUGCGAGCCCGAGCGUCCGUGUGGAUGCGUCCUUAGCUGGGCGUUUGGUGCGGCUUUGUGCUCCCGGCACGGCCCGGCAGCUGCUCGUUGUGCGCCGCUGUUCCGUAGCGUGGGAUGCGGGAACCUCCGUGGGACCUCGGUUGCUGCCGGAGGGUGAAAAGUAACCCGGAAAGAGUCGGUGUCAGAGCUGAGCGUCUCUUGGGGCGGAAGAAUGGAAUCAUAGCAUGGUUUGAGUGGGAAGGGACCCUUAAAGGCCAUCUCGUCCUCCCCCCCGCAGUGCACACGGACACCCGCAGCUCCGUCCCCUGACCUCGGGUGUCUGCAGGGUUGGGGCAGCACCGCCUCUCCAGGCACCGAGUGCAGCGCCUCACCGCCCACCACAGAAGGGCCAGGGUUGGAAGGGACCUCAGAGAUAAUGAAUCUCCAACCCCCCGCCACAUGCAAGGCCACCAGCCUCCCCAUUUAAUACUAGACCCAUAGCAUAGCAUGGACCCAUAGCACAAAAAACUUUUUCCUUAUAUCCCGCCUAAGUCUUCCUCUUUUCGUUUGACACCAUUUCCCCUCGUACUGUCACAACAGACCCUAAAGAGUCUGUCCCUUCUUUCUUGCAGCUCUCCCCACAGUCCCCCCUUCUCCAGGCUCACAGCCCCAGCUCUCAGCCUGUCCUUGUAUGUAGUUCAGUGUUCCAUCCCUGGGCCCUCCUCUGGCCGUGCUCCAGCAGCCCCAUGUCUGUCCUGCACUGAGCACUCCCCGUCUGGACACAGCACUGCAGCUGAGGUCUCACAGCACACAGCAGAGGGGCAGAUCCCCUCCCUCGCCCUGCUGGUCACACUGCUCUGUAUGCAGCCUGGGAUACGGUCAGUUUCUGGGCUGUGAGAGCACAGUGCUGGCUCACAUCCAGCUGCCAUCCACCAGUGCCCCCAGGUCAUUUCUAGCAGGGCUGUGCUCCAUCCAUACAUCCCCCAGCUUGUCCUGAUAGCAUUGCCACAUUCCAGGCGCACAACUCACACUUGGCUUUGCUGAACUUCAUAAGGUUCUCCUGGGCCCACUGCUCAGCCUGCCCAGGUCUCUCUGGAUGGCAUCCCAUCCCUCAGGCAUGUCAACCACACUGCCCAGGAUAACAUCAGUUUACAUGGUACCUGACCAUAUGUCCAUAGAAUGGGUUACAUCUCUUGGAGCCUCAUGUCUUCAAUACUUAACAUUCAUGUCACGGUCCCCUUUAUUGCUGAUGCCAAAAGAAAGUUAUUUCCCCAUAGAGCUGCGUGUCAUUUAAAACGCUGUUCUCACCCUGCUGUUACAAUCUGGGAGACUUCUCGUGAUUUGGGAAGGAGUGGGGGAUUCUCCAGGUUUCAUUACAAGCAGUGAACCUAGAGUUGCUCACUGGUGGGAGAGUACUGUAUGCACGGUCAGCCUGGGACCUUGGCCAUUUCAUCACGUGUCAAUUAUUGUUUAGGUUAAAAGGGAACUUAAGGGAGUGUUGGUAAUUUAGGUUAUCAGAAUACUUUGAUUAGAGUUACAUUUCUGGUGCUCCUGAUGGCUGCCUGUGUCUUUUCCAUAGCAUUUGUUGCAAGUUACGUUCUUUCUGCCGUAGCUGAUAGUUUACUUGUGUGUAUUUUAUGUAUGUGUGUGUCUUUCUAUGGACAUCUAAAGCAGUGUCCAAAAGUUGGUAUCCCAUGUUAAAACCCUGAUGUUUUCUGUCCUUCAUGACUCAAAUCCCAUAUUGUCCCAGCUCAGCCUGCUUGGUGGGAAGUCUGUGUGUUACUUUUCUUCUCAUCCUUUCACAAAUUCAACACAGUUUACCUGUGUGAUCUACAGAUACAGGGCUGAAUGUAUCUCAGUUUCCUGUUGCGCACAUGGAUAUUAUUUCUGACCACUGCACAGGGUUUGCUAAUGGCAGUGUGUGGCCUAAAAGGGAUGGGCUGCCUAUUUAAAAGAACAUUGUCAUGCCUUGAUUGUACUUUUUCAUUUAAAAUGUUUAUACAUCUUCUUUUUUCCCCCCUCAGUUUUGCUCUUUAUUGCUCUGCAAGUUUCUUCAGAAGAGGAGGAAGGCUGCAGAGAGCACACACUCAUCCACCUUACAGCUGGAGCUGCCCUGCUGGAUGUAGGGCAGGCCAUGUCACCAUACAGCUGCACGGUGCUGCAGAAGGGGGUCUGCCUCAUUCCUGCCCAACAUGGAGACCUGUUUGCGUGUGCUCCCAUUUGCCAUCUGAGAGCUCUUUCUUCACAAGUGUACUGAGAAACAACUGCAGGCCUCUCUUGCAGAGAAGCAGAUGAUUUACACCAGCCAUGUCACCAGCUGAAGAGAUUUCCCAGCUCUCUGGCUCGGUGGAUGUCUGUUAGUCACGCUGGAAUUGCUGACUGGCAGCGUUGAUGUUGAGUGUGCUGUGUUUCAAGGUGUUGAGGAAAAUGCAGAGACGGCACAGCAGCAACACUGACAGCGCUCCUCCUGAAAGAAACCGGAGCCAAACGGUCAGUUCUGAAACCAGCGUGGAUGAAAGCGGAGUGUUUGAAAGCCUGAAGGCCGAGACUUCCUCACCACAGCAGCUGUUCUCCGGCCUGGCAGGAAUCCCCUCGGGAUCCAUCACAGCCACACCGUUCCAGUCGGGUUUGGUCCUGGGCUCUUCGGCAGGAGGUGGGGAGGUGUUCAUUCAGAUGCCGGCCCCGAGGGAGGAGGGAGCAGGCCGCACGGAAGGAGCCCCGUUUCACCACCGGCAGCAGCCCCAUCAUUUCCACCACAGCCAUCACCGUGCCUCCUCCCUUCUGCACAUGGCCGGAGGGGACAGACACGGGCACGCUGAGGAGGGCAGUGAGGAGCAGGCUGGGACUCCGGCACCGGCGCUUUCGGAGCUGAAAGCGGUGGUCGGUUGGCUGCAGAAGGGCCUUCCCUUCAUCCUCAUCCUCUUGGCUAAAGUCUGUUUCCAGCAUAAGCUUGGGAUUGCUGUGUGCAUUGGUAUGGCCAGCACAUUUGCCUAUGCCAACUCCACGCUCCGAGAGCAGGUUGCUCUAAAGGAGAAGAGAUCAGUAUUGGUUGUCUUCUGGAUCUUGGCCUUUCUCACUGGGAACACCCUGUACUUGCUCUACACAUUCAGCUCCCAGCAACUGUACAACAGCCUUAUAUUUUUGAAGCCCAACAUUGAGAGAUUGGACUUUUUUGACCUGAUGUGGAUCGUGGGGAUCACAGACUUUGUGCUGAAGUAUCUCACCAUUGCACUGAAAUGCCUGAUUGUUGCCCUGCCUAAGAUCAUCUUAGCUGUCAAGUCAAAGGGGAAGUUUUAUCUGGUUAUUGAAGAGCUGAGCCAGUUGUUCCGAUCCCUCGUCCCCAUCCAGCUAUGGUACAAAUACAUCAUGGGAGAUGACCCAUCCAGCAGUUAUUUCCUAGGGGGGAUCUUGAUCAUCCUGUACAGCCUCUGCAAGUCUUUUGACAUCUGUGGCCGUGUGGGAAGCGUUCGGAAAGCACUGAAGGUCCUUUGCACCCCACAGACCUACGGGGCCCGUGCCACCAGCCAGCAGUGCAGUGAGGCAGGGGACAUCUGUGCCAUCUGCCAAGCAGAGUUCAGGGAACCUUUGAUCCUUAUGUGCCAGCACGUGUUUUGUGAAGAAUGCCUCUGCCUCUGGUUUGACAGGGAGAAGACCUGUCCCCUUUGCCGUUCUGUCACAGUAGAAACCCUGCGUUGCUGGAAGGAUGGCACCACCUCUGCUCAUUUCCAGGUGUAUUAAAGCCAACGCAUAUCACCCAACAGAAUGACCUGCAUGGAGAGAAGGAAGACCAGAACAUCUGCUGACCCCAUGUCGCUAUUUAAUCACCUGCUUGUUCUCCCAGCACCCUCUCUCCAACAACCUGUAGAGCAGCAAUUGUUGGUAGCCAGAAAAGUCAUCCUCCAAGGCAAGGGAGACGUGCUUCUGUUGUGGUGACCUCCAUGGCUAAGCUACGGCCAACAAUUUUCCUUGAACAUACGUGGUUAGAAACUGAUCGGUGUGUUUCCUUUUUCCUGCCCUUCUAGUAGAGGUAAACCUUGCACGUAGUAGGAGGCUGUACCUCCACUCCCCACUGCACGUGUGUGACCUGGUACACUGGAAAAAAGCUGUCGUUCUCCGGCCGUAAUGUCCUUGAGUUUGUAACCUCAUAGCAUUUCACAGUUGCUGUUAUAUUAGCUGUGAGAACAAUUCCAAACCACUCUUUAGAACCACGUUCCCAAAGACUCUUCUGGGGCUUGGAGUCAUGUCAUGUCCCGGCAGCUGUGUUUCUGUGACUGACUCACAAACUGUGUGUGCUGUGUUGCCAUCUUCCUGACGUGUCCAGGAGCUCCGUGCUGGCGGAGCUGAAGCUGAUGCUUUCUUUCCUUGGGAAUGCUCUUCCUCUUUAGUUUUCAUGAGGGGCUUUCUGAUUUCCUGGCAGAUGGGGAGAGCCGUGGGAGGCAAAGAGAGAGUAAAGUCAGGUUUGGUUUGAAUUUAAGGUGCUAACUAGGCCAACCUCACAAGUGAAGGUGCACCACGCUCCCCAGCACAGCCGCAGCACAGUGGCAGGACACUGUCACUGCUUUGCACUGCAGCCCACCUGGUGCAAAGGCACUGUGCAGCACAGAGCCCAGGUAGCACUGUUGUGAGCAGAAGGGCUGGGGCAUGGGAUACAGGGCGUACAGGGGCCCUGCAGAGCCUGGCUGCAGUGAGAUUUCCUGUCUGGAGGGUGGGAUUGUAUAGGAGCAGCUGCAUUGCUCCAAGAGCCAGCCUGGUUCAUACCCAAGCUGGACUGCCCACCUGAGAGGUGCAGGCUUCAUUCUAGCAGCUCUGCUUCAGAAAAAGCUCUUUUAGGAGAUGCCUUGUGUUGUUAACAGGAAAAUUAGCACUCUUGGUGUCUGAGGAAGAGGAGAUUCUGCAGUUUCCAUCUCUGCGGAGCAUGCUGCAGGAGCACUUGCACGUAAAUGUAGCUGCUGUUCCUUUGCCGGAGCUUUCUCCUUCGCUGCACAACCUCUGCUUUGUGCUCCUUGCCCACAGAAGGUGUCUCGUUAGGCUUUGUGGCAUCUUCUCUGCUCAUUGCUAUGGAAAUGGCCGUAAGGUUACAAUCCCACUUGAGUGGAUAAUCAGGAAGAGCUGCACCUGGGGGACAUGAGCCUCUGCGCGGGCACUGAGUGCCGCCUUCCCCUCCUGCUGUGAAGCUCCACAGGGAGAAGAAUUAAAGCAAACAGCAGCUAAUGGUAACAGGAUUAAGACUCAACAGUCUGUUGGAAAUAAUGGUUAAGUAUGGCUGGGGGAGAAAGGAGAGGCAGAGCAUGAGCAGGGGAGAUACCCACAUCUGCUUUGAGAGAUAGAGGGAGGAGGAAUAGCCGUACGUUCUGUAUCAACACGCUUUGAUUCGUAUCAACGGAUCCCAUGAAAGUGCAAAACCAAAGCAUGGAAUCCAGUGACUAUCUCUGGUGGGAACAGAUUGUCUGGGAUGGGGAUGGAGAGCUCAGGAAGGAAGCAAGCAAGGCUCUCAGUGCACCCAGAAGUGCCGUUCUGUGCACAGCCCGGUGCGUGCCUGCAAAAUGGGAACCACGGACCACAGGGACGGGGUGAUGUCUGUUCUAAUGGCAGGACAGGAAACUUCUGUUGGUUUCCAUGGGCAAACGUUGGUUCAUGUGGAAGGAAACGAUUCUCUCAAACUUCAGAGCAGAAAUAAAAACCGGAGCCUUUUUUUUUUUCUUUUUUGCCAUUGAACAGUAGUUUUUCUUUUUUUUAAUAAAGUCAUUAUAAAUAUGUACAAAGAGUCUCAGCAUAUGAAAUUCCUUUUACAAAAGAGAGAAGCCACAUCCAAUUA